AUGGGAGCUGGAGCAGUUGGAGCUGCGGGCGGUGCAGCUGCACCAGCAGCAGCCGCGCCAAGAGCAACCACCAUACCAACAAGCAAUACGACCGUACCAGUCAAUAUCGCUGCCAUGUCGCCUGGUGAAAUCCAAAAGAUAUUGACCCCGUCUUGUUAUAUAUCUAACGGUACCGCAGGUUAUCCUAUAUCAUCCACCUAUUCCUGUCUUCCACAUUUCUACUGUCCGUAUGUCAACGAUACAGUCUGGUAUUCGUUGCCGCAAGUAUGUCCUUCAGACACAGAUUGUGUUGUUUCGAGGCUGACUGGUAUUCCAUGUGAACCUCAAGGACGAUUCGAGCCUACCAUCUGUCGCAACGGUACAUACUGUCCAGACUUUAGAACUCAAAUAACUUGUCCUCAAGGAUACUUCUGCCCAACUGGCUCCAUCGCACCCAACAAAUGCUCCAUAAUGUCGUCAUGUCCCGAAGGAUCCAGAACCCAAGUCUUUUACGGCGGAAUGGUGUUUUGUCUCCUCAUUGACUUGGUCAUGAUAGGUGCCUUCUUCUACCUCCGUAGCAUAGAACGUAAACGUGUAAAGAAACUCGAAAAGGGUUUCUCUGCUAAAGCAUCCAGACGUCGUUCCCACUUGGCUCAUUCCAUGUUUAACGCUACUCAAAUCCGUCCCGGUGUUGCUCUUGACGAUGGAUCAUCUGUCGCACCUGGAUUGAAGGAUGUAUCUGUAUUGGUUGAUGCCUUCAAGCGUGGUAUGAACCACCAGGAAUUGGCUAUUGGGUUCAAGUUUGAGGAUAUGGGGUGUACGCUCAAGACUGGGAAGGUUAUCUUACAGGGUGUUACGGGUGAAAUUAAGCCGGGUCGUUUGACUGCUAUUAUGGGUCCUUCUGGUGCUGGAAAAACCACAUUCAUGAACGUUCUGAUGGGCAAGUACCCACGUACCGGUGGUCGUUUAUUCAUCAACGGUCGUGAAGAAGCUGGUAUCAACGCUUGUAAAAAGAUUGUUGGGUUUGUGCCUCAAGAAGAUAUCAUGUUGCGUGAAAUGACUGUCCGUGAAAAUAUCUUGCACUCUGCCCGCACUCGUCUACCAAACAACUGGACUCAGGAAGAGAUUGAAGGAUAUGUUGAUGCUAUUCUUGAAGCUCUCAAUCUGUCACACGUCGCUCACACAAUCAUUGGUGAUGAAUCGACCCGUGGUGUUUCCGGUGGUCAACGUAAACGUGUAAACAUUGGUAUGGAAUUGGCUGCCGUCCCAUUGGCCAUCUUCUUGGAUGAACCUACCUCUGGGUUGGACUCUACUGCUGCCUUGUCUGUCGCUCAAAUUCUGAAGAGUAUUACAACUUUGGGUCUUACUGUCGUCGCUGUCGUUCACCAACCUCGAUUUGAAAUCUUUGAACUCUUUGAUGAUGUCUUGAUGAUUGCUCCUGGUGGUCGAACUGCUUACUUGGGUCCUACUUCUGGUGUUAAGAGCUACUAUGAAUCUAUGGGCUUUGUGUUUGAAGCCAAAUCAAACGCUGCCGAUGUACUCAUGGAUAUUCUAUCUGGUCAAGGAAACAACGUUAACGGUGUCAUGUCCUCAUCAGACUUGGUCUCAGCUUGGGAAACCGAGCAAUACAAACGAAACCCCAAGAUGAUAAACCCAUCUGCCCCACGUCGUAUCGAGCAACCAGUAACUCCAACCACCGAUGAUGCCUCUUCCAUCCGCUCACAAGCACGAUCUGACCGCUCCAUGCCAAUAUCAGUCCGAGUAAAUGGUGAAAUGACUGAAGUAGACCCCAAAACCAUUGCCCGUAUUCCUGCCCUCUUGUAUGAGUCUGGUGAAAUCACUGAAGCAGCUUAUAAACGAUUAUUGGCUCUUGAACGUAACAAUGGUGAUGCUGAAGCAUUCACACCUGGUAGUCUUGAACAUGCUAUUGACCCUGAAACUGGAUCCUACUUGUCUGAUGAUGACGAUAGCAUAGAUUUGCGAUUACAGACUGCUGCUACUGCCAACCGCACCAAUGCCGGAAAUCUUCGACCAGCCAUGAAACGAUCCAACGGAUCUCUACGAUCUGCUGCUUCCGAUAUGGGUGAUGAUGAUACCUCGACUGCUAUGGCCAGCACUGGAUUCGAUAUCACAAACAUCCAUGAUCCAGUAUACGGUGAAGAGUUUUGGCAAGCUGUGCAAGUAAUCUCUGCAAACCGUGGUGCAUUCUGGUGGAGACAAAUGAUGUAUUGUCACAACCGCAGUCUUGUCCAACAAUACCGACAAUGGUAUUCAUUGGCUAUAGAAGUAUUUGUAGCUGCUAUUGCCGGUGUAUUGAUGGGUGUCUCUGUACAACAAUUCCAUGGUGAACUCUAUCAUGGUAUUUGGAUUGCUCCUUACUCUCUCUUGACUCCUGCACCAUUGAAUUGGCUGGUUCCUUUAUAUGGUCUUUUGUUGGGUAUUGCCAUCACCAUUGCUGGUGCACCAGCAGGUGUCCGUGUAUUCGGUGAAGAAAAGUCUGUAUACUGGCGUGAAGCUGCUGCUGGACACUCCCGAUCAGCCUACUAUGUCGGAAAAACAUUGGCAGCCUUCUACAGAUUCAUUGUAUCAUCUCUCCACUUUACCGCAUUCUAUGUCGUAUUGGCUGUCCCACUCGUACCAUUUGCAACUCAAUGGGCCAUCGCUCUACUCAACUUCUUUGGUGAAUAUGGUCUAGCUGCCGUUAUAUCGCUAUUGGUUCGUCGUGAAGAUGGUGCUCUAGUGUCUGUCAUUGUCGGCCUCAUCGCUGCAGUAUUCUGUGGUUAUGGACCAUCUAUCAAUGAAGCUAACUCAUGGGGUCUUGGAUUCGUCUGGGACUUGAGUUUCAACCGUUGGGGAGCUGAAGCUCUAUACACGGAAUCAUUGUACUGGUACCAAGACGUUUACGACUUGGCCCAAUCUGCUGAUCAAUUCGGUUACGUCUUGUAUCGAACUGGCUUUGACUUGUUUGUCAUGGUCAUGUUGGGUCUCUUCUUGAGAGCUAUUGCCUUUGUCUUGCUGAUCGUUAUGAAUAGAGAAAAGCAGAAAUAG